CCAGGCUUCCCCAGAUGCUGCUGGAGGAUCUGGAGGGGACUUCAGCAGAGCCCUGGUCCCUCCUUCACAAUGUGGCGUCUCCUCAUCUUCUCCUUCCUGCUGAUGCCUGCAGCGGCCCAGGACGACAGUGACAAAGUGCGGAGGAGUGAGGAGUGUGCGCCCCACUCGCAGCCAUGGCAAGUGGCCCUCUUCGAGCGGGGGCGCUUUAACUGCGGUGCUUCCCUCCUCUCCCCACGCUGGGUGCUGUCUGCAGCCCACUGUCAAACGCGCUCCAUGAGAGUGCGCUUGGGCGAGCACAAUCUACGCAAGCGCGAUGGCCCAGAGCAACUGCGGACUGUUUCUCGCAUCAUCCCGCAUCCGCAAUACGAAGCGCGAAGCCACCGCCAUGAUGUGAUGUUGCUGCGUCUAACCCGGCCCGCGCGCCUCUCCGCCCAAGUGCGCCCGAUCCCGCUGCCCACGCGCUGUCCCCAACCUGGCGAGGCCUGCGUGGUGUCAGGCUGGGGCCUGGUGCCUGACAAAGAGCCUGGGGCCGCAGGGAGCCCAGUGUCACAAGUGAGCCUGCCAGACACCUUGCAUUGUGCCAAUAUCAGCAUUCUCUCGACCACAUCUUGUAACAAGGACUACCCAGGGCACCUGAUGAGCACCAUGGUGUGUGCUGGCGCGGAGAGUGGAGGCACCGACUCCUGCGAGGGUGAUUCCGGAGGACCUCUGGUCUGUGGAGGCAUCCUGCAGGGCAUUGUGUCCUGGGGUGAUGUCCCCUGUGACACUACCACCAAGCCUGGUGUCUAUACCAAAGUCUGCAGUUACUUGGAGUGGAUGAAGGAAACCAUGUCGAGGAACUAACUAUUCUGACAUACUGCCUGAGUCUCAGAAGCCCACAUGGCUGGCCAGCAGUCCCAACCUGACCUGGGACAGAACUGGGCCACCUGCCAAUAGCCUAUCCAAGGCCCAGAGGUUAGCCAAGGACCUGCCCAUCUGAGACCAGAGCUGGUGCUCAAGGUCACCUGUUUGAUACCAAGAUAACAGAGAGCACUGAUGCAAA